UAAGGAAAAAACGAAGAAAGUAAAUUUGAUUGGACCAUUAACAUUGUUUCGAUACUCUGAUUGGCAGGAUAAAUUAUUUAUGUCUUUUGGCACUAUCAUGGCCAUAACUCAUGGAUCAGGUCUGCCCCUCAUGAUGAUAGUAUUUGGAGAAAUGACUGACAGAUUUGUUAAUACUGGAGGAAAUUUCUCCCUUCCAGUGAAUUUUUCACUGGCAAUGCUAAAUCCAGGCAGAAUUCUGGAAGAAGAAAUGACUAGAUAUGCAUAUUAUUAUUCAGGAUUAGGUGCUGGAGUUCUUGUUGCUGCCUAUGUACAGGUUUCAUUUUGGACUUUGGCAGCUGGCCGACAGAUUAAGAAAAUUAGACAAGAGUUUUUUCAUGCUAUUCUACGACAGGAAAUAGGCUGGUUUGACAUCAGUGACAUCACUGAACUCAAUACACGGUUAACAGAUGACAUCUCCAAAAUCAGUGAAGGAAUUGGUGACAAGGUUGGAAUGUUCUUUCAAGCAAUAGCCACGUUUUUUGCAGGAUUCAUAGUGGGGUUUAUCAGAGGAUGGAAGCUCACUCUUGUGAUAAUGGCCAUCAGCCCUAUCCUGGGACUCUCUACAGCUGUUUGGGCAAAGAUACUCUCAGCAUUUAGUGACAAAGAACUGGCUGCAUACGCAAAAGCAGGUGCCGUGGCGGAAGAAGCUCUGGGGGCCAUCAGGACUGUGAUCGCUUUUGGGGGCCAGAAGAGAGAGCUGGAGAGGUAUCAGAAACAUCUAGAAAAUGCCAAAAGGAUUGGAAUUAAAAAAGCUAUUUCAGCGAACAUUUCUAUGGGCACUGCCUUCCUGCUAAUAUAUGCAUCGUAUGCACUGGCCUUCUGGUAUGGAUCCACUCUAGUUAUAGCCAAAGAAUACACUAUUGGAAAUGCAAUUACAGUCUUUUUCUCAAUCCUGAUCGGUGCCUUCAGCAUUGGACAGGCGGCUCCCUGUAUUGAUGCUUUUGCCAAUGCAAGAGGAGCAGCAUAUGCGAUCUUUGCUAUUAUUGAUAAUGACCCUAAAAUUGACAGUUUUUCAGAGAGAGGACACAAACCAGACAACAUCAAAGGGAAUUUGGAGUUCGAAGAUGUUCAUUUCUCUUAUCCUGCUCGGCCGGAUGUCAAGAUCUUGAAGGGCCUCAACCUGAGGGUCGAGAGCGGGCAGACGGCGGCCCUGGUUGGGAACAGCGGCUGCGGGAAGAGCACGGCAGUGCAGCUGGUGCAGAGGCUGUACGACCCUGACGUGGGGAGGAUUAUCAUCGAUGGGCAGGAUAUUAGGACAUUUAAUGUAAAGUAUCUGAGGGAAAUAAUUGGAGUGGUGAGUCAGGAGCCAGUGCUCUUUGCCACCACCAUUGCUGAAAAUAUCCGUUACGGCCGUGGAAAUGUCACCAUGGAUGAAAUAAAGCAAGCUGUGAAGGAAGCCAACGCCUAUGAGUUUAUCAUGAGAUUACCACAGAAAUUUGACACCCUGGUUGGAGAGAGAGGGGUCCAGCUGAGCGGUGGACAGAAGCAGAGAAUCGCCAUCGCCCGGGCGCUGGUUCGCAACCCCAGGAUUCUGCUGCUGGAUGAGGCCACCUCAGCACUGGACACGGAGAGUGAAGCCGAGGUUCAGGCGGCCCUGGAUAAGGUGGGUGGAUCCUCCACCCCUGAAGGACCAGCCCACUGAAACUUUACUGAAAUUCUCACCUAUGCUUUGCGAGCCUAGGCUGAAAAAGGUGAACACGAGAGCAGAUAAAGCUCGCCCGUGGGGCUUUUGUUUUUAGCGUUUUAUUUCAUAUUGGAGUGCAGCUGAUUAGCAGUGUUGUGAUAGUUUCAGGUGCAGAGCAGAGCGACUCCGCAUUUCCAAUCCAUGAAUCCACUCUCCCCCAAACUCCCUCCCACCCAGGCUGCCACAUGACAUUGAGCAGAGGUCCCUGUGCUAUUCAGUAGGUCGGUUAUCCAUUUUAGAUACAGCAGUGUAUACAUAUCAAUGCCAUGGGACUUUCUUGAUUUCUCCUUUCUGUCAGGGCACAUUGCAGAGAGAGGCGGGCAGCCCAUUUCCUGGCUUGCUUUGUUGGACCAAGGUGCCGUUAUCCCCCAGUCCAGGCCUGUGCAGUGAGCUGCUUAGCUU